GUCAAUGUUAUAAAGAUUGUUUUCUUUUAUUAUAGGUUAUCACAUGGUGUGACAAGACAUACACAGAACACAAUAUUUUUUAUUUUUUUUUAACAACAAAAUGCAAUAAUUUUUAUUUUAUUUUUAAAUAUAUUUUUUUUGAGGGAACAACAAAACGCAAUAUUUGAGUUUUGAUAAUUUUUAAUCUUGAAAAAAAAUCAAUCAAUUAAUAAACAAAAUAAAUUAAGAGAAAACCGACAUUGUACGAAGUACCGAUUUAUUCCCGCCAUAUUUGUAAAACUGACAGUUUCUCCUGAGAAAAGAAAAAAAAAAAUCUGGUACUCACAACAAUCAUCCAGAAUUCUUCACUUACUCCGCUCAUCAUCUUCAAGUCAACCCUCUUUCUCUCUCCUCUAAAUCACUCAAUCGAAUUGGAAGAAGCCAUGGAAGAAACCUUCAUUUACAGAAACCCUAACGCAGCCAUUGAAGACCGAAUCAAAGACCUUCUUUCUCGCAUGACUCUGCAAGAGAAGCUCGCUCAAAUGACUCAAAUCGAACGAACCGUCGCUUCUCCUUCCGCCAUCAAAGACUUCGCCAUUGGUAGUAUACUGAAUGCCGGAGGAAGUGCGCCUUGUGAGAAGGCGGUGUCGUCUGAUUGGGCGGAUAUGAUUGAUAAUUUUCAGAAAUUGGCAUUGGAAUCGCGGUUAGGGAUUCCGAUUAUUUAUGGUCUUGAUGCUGUUCAUGGUAAUAAUAAUGUUUAUGGUGCUACAAUUUUUCCUCACAAUGUUAAUCUUGGUGCUACUAGGGAUGCUGAUUUGGCUCAUAGAAUUGGGGCUGCAACUGCUUUGGAGGUUAGAGCUAGUGGAGCUCAUUAUGCGUUUGCUCCUUGCGUAGCUGUCUGCAGAGAUCCAAGAUGGGGGAGAUGCUAUGAGUGUUACAGUGAGGAUACUGAAAUUGUAAGGAAGAUGACUUCCAUUGUAUCAGGGUUACAGGGGGAUCCACCUGAGGGACACCCAAAUGGCUACCCAUUUCUAAAAGGAAGAAAUAAUGUUAUUGCUUGCGCUAAGCACUUCGUUGGUGAUGGAGGAACACAUAAAGGUAUAAAUGAGGGGAAUACGAUCUCUUCGUAUGAAGAUUUAGAGAGGAUUCAUAUGGCACCCUAUCUGGAUUAUAUCUCUCAGGGAGUUUGCACUAUCAUGGCUUCCUAUUCUAGCUGGAAUGGUAGACAGCUACAUGCUGAUCGUUUUCUUUUCACAGAGAUCCUUAAAGACAAGCUGGGAUUUAAGGGAUUUGUAAUUUCAGAUUGGGAAGGCAUUGAUAGACUUUGUAAACCUCAAGGUUCAGACUUUCGUUUCUGCAUUUUAGCUGCUGUUAAGGCAGGAGUUGACAUGGUAAUGGUACCUUUUAAGUACGAAAAGUAUCUAGAGGACUUGACCUAUCUUGUGGAAUCGAAAGAGAUACCAUUGUCUAGGAUUGAUGAUGCUGUUGAACGGAUCCUGAGGGUAAAAUUUGUCGCAGGGCUUUUUGAGCACCCUUACACUGACCGGUCUCUGCUAGAUACAGUUGGAUGCAAGUUGCAUCGCGAUCUAGCACGUGAAGCAGUACGGAAGUCUUUAGUGCUCCUGAAGAAUGGGAAAGACCCUAGAUUCCUUCCAUUGGACAGGAAUGCCAAAAAAAUACUUGUUGCUGGAACACAUGCUGACAAUCUUGGAUACCAAUGUGGUGGGUGGACUAUAACUUGGGAUGGACUUGGUGGAAGAAUUACAGUUGGCACUACCAUUUUGGACGCAAUUAAAGAAGUCGUUGGGGAUAACACUCAAGUUAUUUUUGAAGAAUUUCCAUCACAUGAAACCUUAGCAAGGGAAGAUAUUGAUUUUGCCAUAGUAGCUGCUGGUGAAGCUCCAUAUGCAGAAUUCACAGGGGACAAUUCGGUGCUUAAUAUUCCUUUGAAUGGAGCAGAUGUGAUUAGUGCAGUUGCAGACAGAAUUCCUACUCUUGUCAUUCUGGUUUCUGGAAGGCCUUUAGUUUUAGAGCCAUGGCUUUUGGACAAGAUGGAUGCUUUGGUUGCUGCUUUCUUGCCUGGAAGUGAAGGAGAAGGAGUAACUGAUGUUCUUUUCGGAGAUUUUGAAUUUGAGGGUCUACUCCCAGUGACAUGGUUUAAAAGUGUUAAUCAACUUCCAAUGACUGCUGGACAGAAUUCAUAUGAUCCUCUGUUCCCAUUGGGCUAUGGAUUGAAAACCAACAAAGAAAAGCAUGUAAUUUCGUGAUUCUGAGUAUCAAGAAUCACUGCAGGUGUUGUACUUUUGGAUAAACAAGAAAGUAUUUUGUGAACUAAUAAGAGCUUUUGUUACUGGUUAAUAAUUUGUGUAUUCUCCUUUGAAUUUAACUCAUUUUCUGGUCCGAAGCAGCACGAUUUUGAAGUUGA